ACCUCUCCCACGCGUCCCUCGACCCUGACUAACCUUAAUACUUUUACACUUAUAAAUUGAAGCACAUUCUCCUGCUGGAAUACAGAGGAGAAAACUAAUACAAUUUCCAUGGAUUGGGCAUUGGUUAUGUGGUUGUGGGCUUUGGUUUUUGUUCAGUACCAUAAUCAUGGUUGUCUUGGGUGCAUGGACAAGGAGAGGACUUCUCUCUUGGAAAUCAAAGCUUCCAUCAAUUAUCCGAAUGGGUAUUCUCUUCCUACAUGGGAGGAUGGGACUGACUGUUGGAGUUGGGAAGGAAUCAAGUGUAACAAUGCGACAGGUCAAGUGACUGAAAUUUCUCUCAAUUAUACAAGGGAAGACGAGUUGGGAGAAUGGUAUCUGAAUGCUGACUUACUUCUAUCCUUUGGGGAACUGCGGAGCCUUGAUUUGUCCGGGAAUUACCUCGCUGGUUGGGUUGAUCAUGAAGGUUUCAAUAGAUGGUCGAGAUUGAGAAAGCUAGAGCACCUUGACCUGAGCCAUAACUCAUUCAAUGAAAGCAUUCUACCAUAUUUAAGUGCACUCUCAUCCCUCAAGAGUCUGUCUCUGAGCAGCAAUUACUUUGGACUUCCACACAGAGGUGUUGAUGUGGAGUUUUCACCUCUUGGAAUUUUAUAUACAAGUUUUGAAAUGUUGUCAAGAUUGGGCAACCUAGAGCAGCUAGACCUAAGUUCGAACUGGUUAAAUAGAAGCAUUCUACCAUAUUUGGGCGCACUCUCCUCCCUCAAGAGCCUUGACCUAGGUGGGAAUAAUUUGGAAGGAUGCUUCCCCUCAAAAGAAUUGGCCAACUUGAGCAAACCGGAGGUUUUGAAUUUGGGACGUAAUCGACUCAAUGAUUCCUUAUGUCUGCAAGCGAACUUGAGCAAACUGGAGGUUCUGGAUUUGAGUUAUAAUCUAUUCGAUGGUUUUCAAAGCCUUCAAGCUUUGUGCAAUCUUGAGAAUCUUCAAGAACUGGAUCUUCGCGCCAAUGAAUUGGAAGGGAGCCUUCCACCAUGUCUCAGCAACUUGUCAUCCCUCCAACGACUUGAUCUCUCCCGUAAUAGACUCAGUGGGCAAAUCUCGUCAUCUCUCAUCUCAAGCAUCACAAUGCUCCGAUUCCUUUCUCUAUCUCGCAACCGCUUUGAAGGGCCUGUCUCAUUUAGCUCAUUUGCUAACCUUUCCAAACUUGAGUUUGUGGAACUUUCAGUACUGGAUGAUAGCUAUCCUGGGGCCGAUGCUAUAACUUAUCCCAAUCAGUUAGAGGUUGAAACUGAAUCCACACAUUGGGUUCCUAAAUUCCAGUUGAAAGUCCUCCACCUAUUAAACUGCAACAUCAACAAGCUGACUGGUACCAUUCCCACCUUCCUUUCCAGCCAACAUAACCUGAUAUCAUUAGACCUUUCCCACAACAACAUGAAGGGAAAGUUCCCAUCUUGGUUGUUAGAGAAUAAUGAAAGACUACAAAUACUAGACCUAGGAAGCAACUCCUUAACUGGCCCAUUCCAUCUGUCACCUCAUCCAAACAACCUGGAUACAUUGUUGUUGGACGUCUCCAACAACAACAUCUACGGACAACUUCCUGAAAGUAUUGGUUUCCUACUUCCAAAUUUACGAUUCUUAAACAUGUCUACAAACGCUCUUCAUGGUACCAUUCCUUCAUCGAUGGGCAACAUGACGCAACUGUCUUCUUUAGAUUUGUCAAGAAACAAAUUUUCAGGAGGAAUACCGGAGGAAUUGCCCAUGGGUUGCAUCUCAUUGGAAACUUUGAAGCUAUCAGACAAUGGAUUACAAGGCCCAGUGUUUCCCACUCAUUCCAACUUGAAACGGUUACAGUAUCUGUAUCUGGAUGGUAAUAGAUUCACAGGGAAGAUCUCAGCUGGUAUAUUCAAAAGUCAGCAUCUACAGAUUUUGGAUGUUGGUAAAAACAACCUAUCGGGUCAUCUUCCUAAACAGAUUGGGAACUUUACUGAAUUGAAGUUGCUUUCCAUGUUAGAAAAUCAUUUUGAAGGUUCUAUUCCAGUUGAGUAUUGCAACCUCCACAGUCUUUCCCUUUUGGACCUUUCCCAAAAUAGAAUUAUUGGGUCCAUACCUUCAUGCUUCAACCUGUCUUUGAGAUUCUUACAUUUGCAAGGAAAUGAGCUUACUGGAUUGAUGCCAAAUGCUUCAUCAAAAAUCUCCUCCCUUGUUACAAUGGAUGUCAGGCAGAACAACAUAUCUGGUAAUAUUCCAAAUUGGAUUGGUGCUUUUCCUAAUUUAAGGGUUCUUCUCCUUGGAGGAAAUAAUUUCGAAGGUCACAUUCCCCUACACUUGUGUCAACUGAAGAACAUCAGUAUACUGGAUCUUUCACACAAUAAUCUCUCUGGACCAAUACCGUCAUGUUUUGUUAAUAUGGCAUUCGGGAGGGCAGCAGAAAUCAAUUUUUCAACUUUUGUUGUCUCUCCAGGAACUUUCAUUGUCUCUGUAGUCACGGAUUUGCCUGGAUAUCGUAUUGCUGUUUGGGUGCCUGUUAAUGUUGCUUAUGUCUCAACAGAUGAGGAAGAAGUGGAGUUUAUAACAAAGAGGAGGUCUGAAACUUACAAGGGCGACGUUCUUUACUUUAUGUCUGGUGUAGAUCUGUCAUGGAACCAGUUAACAGGUGAAAUCCCACCUGAAAUUGGACAUUUAACCACUAUUCAUGCAUUGAACUUGUCCCACAAUCAAUUAACAGGACCAAUUCCAGAAACCUUCUCAAAUCUAAAACAGAUUGAGAGCUUGGACCUUUCUCACAAUAGAUUGAGCGGGGAGAUUCCUCCUCAACUAACUGAGCUCUACACCUUAUCUACAUUUAUGGUGGCAUACAAUAACUUAUCAGGUAGGACACCUGACAUGAUGAAGGGGCAGUUCAUCACCUUUGGAGAAACUAACUAUGAAGGCAAUCCCCUACUCUGUGGACAACCACUGAAGAGUUGCCUCAACACUUCUUUGCUACCAACUUCAAUGCCAACAACACCAGAUAAUGAGGAAGACGGUUAUGACAUAAUCUUCUAUCCAUGCUUUUCAGCAUCGUGCACCAUUGCGUUCUUGGUUUUUAUGGCACUUCUCUACCUUAACCGCUAUUGGCGAGGUCUAUAUUUAUGCUACUAUUUCGCUUUAAACAGCUACUAUUUUGCUUUGAAGAACCUUCGCAAGGUUUUCCCCCAGCUACCUGCAUAA